AUGGCGGGCCCGGGCCAGCGGGGGCCGGAGCGCGCCGGCAGCUGCUGGCAGGACCCGCUGGCCACGGCGCUGAGUCCCCCGCGGCCGCCGGUCGCCGGCCGGGGCUGGGGUCGGAGUCGGCCGCUUAGCGUAGUCUACGUGUUGACCCGGGAGCCCGAGGCCGAGGCCGAGGCCGAGCCGCUGCCCCUGCGUUGUCUGCGCGACGCUUGCGUCCAGCUCCCUGGGCCGCGCCCGGCGCCGCAGCUGCGCACGCUGCCCUUUGGGACCGUGGAGCUGGGUGAGCCCGCCGCCUUGGAUUCUUUCUACAACGCGGAUGUGGUUGUGCUGGAAGUGAGUGGCUCCCUGGGCCAGCCCUCCUUGUUCUACCACCUCGGAGUGAGGGAGAGCUUCAGCAUGACCAACAAUGUGCUUCUCUGUGCCCAAGCCGACCUUCCUGACCUCCAGGCCCUCAGGGAAGAUGUCUUUCAGAAAAACGCUGAUUGUAUUGGGGGCUACACCUUCAUCCCCUACAUGGUGACGGGCCAAGGACGUGUCCUGUGUGGCGAUGCAGGUGUUAUGAAGGGGCUGGCAGAGGGGCUGUUCCAGUCGGGGGCAGGUGCUGAGGCCCUCCUCACCCCCCUGGUGGGCAGGCUUGUCCGCCUGCUGGAGGCUAUACCCACCAACUCCUGUGGCUACUUCCGGGAGACCAUGCGCAGGGACAUCCGCCGGGCCCGGGAGCGCUUCUCUGGGGACCAGCUUCGGCAUGAACUAGGCCGGCUGCAGCGACGGCUGGACAGCGUGGAGCUGCUGACCCCUGACAUCAUCAUGACCCUUCUGCUGUCUUACCGGGAUGUACAGGACUAUGGGGCCAUCAUCUCCCUGGUGGAGACACUGCAGGCCCUGCCCACCUGUGAUGUGGCUGAACAGCAUAAUAUCUGUUUCCACUACACCUUCGCCCUCAACCAGAGGAACAGGCCCGGGGACCGAGACAGGGCCUUAUCUGUGCUGUUGCCUCUGGUGCAUAGUGGGGCUGUGGCCCCUGACCUCUACUGUAUGUGCGGCCGAAUCUACAAGGACAUGUUUAACAGCUCUGGCUUCACUGAUACUGGUCACCGAGACCAGGCUUGUCAUUGGUACCGAAAGGCCUUUGAGACAGAGCCCAGUCUUCACUCAGGCAUCAAUGCAGCUGUCCUUCUCAUAGCUGCUGGACACCAGUUUGAGAACUCGGAUGAGCUCCGACAGAUAGGAGUGAAGUUGGGGUGCCUGCUGGGCCGCAAGGGCAGUGUGGAGAAGAUGCAGUAUUACUGGGACGUGGGCUUCUACCUGGGCGCCCAGAUCCUUGCCAAUGACCCCACCCAGGUGGCUCUGGCUUCUGAGCAGCUCUACAAGCUGAAUGCUCCCCUUUGGUACCUGGCCUCAGUGAUGGAGACCUUCCUUCUCUACCAGCACUUCUGCCCAGCCCCCCAGCCCUCAGGGCCCAUGGGCCUUCGGGCACUCUUCUGGCUCCGUUUCCUCCUGCAGUCUUGCCAGCCCUUUGCUGCCUCAGACGAAUGCCCGGUGCUGAUCCUGGAGCAGAAUAAGGUGCUGCAGCCUGCCAGGCUUCAGGUGCAAGAGGGGAGCCCCAGUAUGGCCGUGACCUUGAGCCUGCUGGAGUCUGAGACAGAGGCCAGUCCCCCAUCCCCCCCUCUCCCCCAGGCUGCCGGCUCUGGCUGGACCUUCCCCGCGGUCUCCAUCCGGGGAGUCAGCAUCUCGAAGAGAGACGAGCGCUAUUGUUUCCUGUAUGUGUUCCACAUGGCCCAGGACUUCCAGCUGGGCUUCCCCAGCCGCCAGCACUGCCAGUGGUUCUGCAGGCGGAUCCAGGCCUUUGUGACCCAGCCAGUGCUGCCUGGAGAUGAGGGCAUAGCCACAAAGGAGGUGCUGGAGUUUGACUAUGAGUACACAGAGACAGGAGAACGGCUGGUCCUGGGCAAAGGUACUUAUGGGGUGGUGUACGCUGGUCGGGACCGCAAUACCCAGGUACGGAUCGCCAUCAAAGAGAUCCCUGAGAGGGACAGCAGGUUUUCCCAGCCCCUCCAUGAAGAAAUCGCCCUGCACAAACGUUUACGCCAUAAGAAUAUUGUCCAGUACCUAGGGUCCAUCAGCCAGGCUGGUUUCCUCAAGAUUUUCAUGGAGGAGGUACCUGGAGGCAGCCUGUCAUCCCUGCUGAGGGCUGUAUGGGGACCACUUCAGGACAAUGAGAGCACCAUCAGCUUCUACACCAGGCAGAUCCUACAGGGGCUGAGCUAUCUCCAUGACAACCACAUCAUCCACCGCGACAUCAAGGGGGACAAUGUACUGAUCAAUACAUACAGUGGUCUGCUCAAGAUCUCCGACUUUGGCACCUCCAAGAGGCUGGCGGGCAUCACCCCCUGCACCGAGACCUUCACAGGAACCCUACAGUACAUGGCUCCUGAGAUCAUUGACCAAGGGCCCCGGGGCUAUGGAAAGGCAGCUGACAUCUGGUCCCUGGGCUGCACUGUCAUUGAAAUGGCCACUGGCCGCCCACCAUUCCAUGAGCUAGGCAGCCCCCAGGCUGCCAUGUUCCAGGUGGGUAUGUACAAGAUCCACCCUCCAGUGCCCAACACCAUGUCUGAGGAGGCCCGAGCCUUCAUCCUCCGUACUUUUGAGCCCGAGCCUAAGCACCGUGCCAGUGCUGCUGCCCUGCUGGGUGACCCUUUCUUGCAAUCCCGGCGUAAAGCCCGAAACUCCAUGUCAACCCACCACCCCCCUCACACUACAGGUGUCCUGCCAAUCAGUCUAGCUUCCUCAGCUGGCCAAUCACAGACAGUGCCAUGUUCAGGUGCCAAUCCCCAGACCAGCCCCAUGCCCCCCAAGCGCUGCUUCAGUGAAGGAGGAGCCCCCAACAGCCAGCUCCAGGUUCCCAAAGACUCUGUCGUAGAGCGGACCUUAUCCCCAGAAGAGAACCCACAGCGGUCCCUGAUGCGUAAGGAGAAUGAGCGGAGGGCCAUGCUAGAGCGAGUACUCAGCCAGGAGCUGUCCAGCAUAGUGGAAAGCCUGCAGUGGGCGCUGGAGCAGGGCCCCCCUGGGCCACGCCUGAGCCGGGAGCAGGUAGCCCAGCUGGUGAGAGGCCUCCGAAGCUACAUUUGCUCUUCCAGCCGCCGACAGCUGGCACAGGAGCUUCGGGCCCUGCAAGAGCAGCUUCAGGCCCAGGGGCACAGCUUGGCAUUACUCCAAGGACCCCUCUUUGCUUUCCAGGAUGCUGUGAAACGGGUCCUCCGAAGGCAUGAAAUCCGGCCCCACUGGAUGUUUGCCCUCGAUGGACUGAUGAGCCGGGCAGUACGGGCAGCCCUGGCUGUGCUGGGGACAGAGCUAAAGAAGCCAGCCAUAGGGCAGCCUGAAGAUGGGAGUGAAGAAGAAGAGCAGCAACCUGAGCAGAGGGGUGUACCACCCAGAAGAAGCCACUCAAGGGCCCCUGAAGAGGAUUCUCUACCCCUGUUGGCACAGCUGAGCCUCCUAAGGGCAGAGACAGGCAGGCUCCUUGGACAGCUGGCAGAGAAGGAGAGGCAAUGCCAAGCAUUAGCCCUCAAGGCACUUCAGCACAUAGAGGAGACCUCAACUCUAACCUUAGGUUCUGGGCCCAUAGAUAUCCCACCAGCCUCCCCAGGAGACCCUGAGCUGGCCCAGUGGCUACAGCAGCUGGGUGUAGAUUCAGGCACCAUCCAGACACUCCUGAGUCACGGUUUCACUUUGCACAUGCUCAUUACCUGUGCCAGUCGAGAUGACCUUGUCUAUACUCGGAUCAGAGGCGGAAUGGUAUGCCGAAUCUGGAGAGCCAUCAUGGCACAGAGGGCAGUGCCGGUGCCCUAGACCCCCCCCCCCAAGGCUCGGAAUUCGAUGGGCUCAGGGGCAGACCCACGGACAUCACAGCAGCCGGCAGCCACUCAUACAGGGGCCCAGGCGGCAGCACUUCACACGGUGGGCAGAGACACCCUUCUUCCACAAAGUGUUGGGAGGUGGGGGAACUGGGGUAGCUGAAGAGAAACAGGAUGGACUGCCCUGGGAGGGCGUGGCCAGGCCAGAGCCAUUAAAGAGGAUGCUUUUGUA